CAUCUGUGUUGCUUUACAUACCACAGUAGCUAAUCAAGCUAACGCUAGGCUAACUAGCUGCAGAAGAGUGUCAUGUAGUAAACUUUAUAAUCGGUGCCAGUGGAGCAGCUUCCGCAGUGACUGGGUCAUGGAGUUAAGGAAUAUCAAGGACCAGUCUCCACUGGUCCAGGCUAUAUUUAGCCGAAAUUCGGAAGAAGUGACAUUUUUGUUGGACCACAAUGAAGAUGCCAAUGCACUGGACCAAGAACAAAGCACACCACUUCAUGCUGCUGCUUAUUUGGGUGAUGUCCACAUCAUGGACCUACUCAUCAAUUUGGAUGCAAAUGUUAACGCUAAGGACCAGGGUUUGCUGACUCCUUUACAUCGAGCAGCUGCCUCACGGAAUGAAAGGGCUGUGGAGCUGCUACUUAAUCAAGCAGCAGAGGUUAAUGCACAAGACAAAUUUGGGCAUACACCUUUACACAUGGCAGCUUCUAACUGGGCUACAGGCUGUGCUGAUGCUCUAAUCCCUCAUGUAAGCAGUUUGGAUGUUAGUGACCGGUCAGGAAGGACUCCGCUACAUCAUGCAUCGCACAGUGGCCAUGCAAAGAUGGUGAACUUGCUUUUAAGCAAAGGAGCCAACAUAUGUGCCAAAGAUAAAAAGGAAAGACAGGCAAUCCACUGGGCUGCAUACCUUGGACAUGUGGAGGUUGUGAAACUGCUGGUGUCUCACCAGGCGGAUGUGAUGUGCAAAGACAAACGCGGUUACACUCCACUCCAUGCUGCCGCAGCCAGUGGCCAGUUAGACGUGGUCAAAUAUCUGUUGAGACUCGGGGUGGAGGCUGAUGAACCCAAUAGUUUUGGAAACACGGCGCUGCAUGUGGCCUGCCACAUUGGGCAGGAGGCGGUGGUCGUGGAGCUGGUGAACUGCGGUUCAAACAUCAACCAGCCCAACGCCCAUGGCAGCACGCCGCUGCACCUGGCUGCUGCCUCCUCCAGUGGGGUCCUGAGUCUCGAGCUGCUAAUCAACAAUGGAGCUGAUGUCAACAUGCAGAAUAAAGAAGGGAAGAGCCCUUUGCAUAUAGCUGCUAUGUACGGACGAUUCACAGGCUCUCAGAUUCUGAUCCAGAAUGGUGGUGAGAUUGACUCUGUUGACAUGUACGGUAACACUCCUCUUCAUGAUGCUGCCAGGUAUGGUCAGGAGCUGCUGAUCAGCACUCUGCUGACAAACGGUGCAGACAGGGCCAGACCAGGCAUUCAUGGGAUGCUUCCACUACAUUUAGCAGCACUGUAUGGAUUUCCAGACUGCUGUCGAAAGUUACUGUUUAAUGGCCAGUUUUACAACAUUUUACAGCAUUUUACAACAACUCAAGUGCUGUCAGCGGGAUUUGAUAUCAACAUCUCGGAUGAUCACGGGAGAACGUGCCUUCAUGCAGCUGCUUCUGGAGGAAAUGUUGACUGUCUCAACUUGCUGUUAAAUAGUGGCGCUGAACUGGAGAUGAAGGAUCAUUUGGGGAGAUCUCCUUUGCACUAUGCUGCAGCCAGUGGGAACAGACAGUGCACGGCCUCUCUGGUGAGGGCCGGAGCUGAAGUCAACGAGUUGGAUCUGACGGGCUGCAGCCCUUUGCACUAUGCUGCUGCUUCACACACAUUCUGCGGGGGUGAAGCAAACUCUGAAUCGGACAUUAGUGUGGCGAAGGAGCACGAGGCCUCUCUCUGUUUGGACUUCUUGCUUGACAACGGGGCAAACCCAACUCUGAAGAACAGUAAGGGUUACAGCGCCGUCCACUAUGCAGCAGCUUGUGGAAACAAAGCACACCUUGAACUGCUCUUGGAGAUUUCCUUUAACUGUCUAGAAGAGGUUGAAAGUAAUGUCCCAGUCAGCCCUUUGCACUUAGCUGCGUAUUAUGGUCACUGUGAGGCCCUGCGCUUGCUGUGUGAGACAUUAGUGAGUCUGGAUGUGCGGGACAUUGAAGGGCGAACUGCUCUCCACCUGGCUGCUCAGAGAGGUUUUGCCCCUUGUGUGGAGGUGCUGCUGAAACAUCAAGCGUUCUUCACUCUAAAGGAGCACAAGCACAAGUGGACGGCUCUCCAUGUUGCAGCUGCUAUGGGCCAAAUAGACUGUCUGCUAUUACUGGUCAACAUGGAACAAAGUGCUGACAUCAUUGACAACACAGAUAUACAGGGACAGACGGCGCUCAUGCUGGCAGCUCUAGGACGACACAGUGACUGUGUUCACAUCCUGUUGGAGAAAGGAGCAAAGGCUGAUGCUGCAGACAAAAGGGGCUUCACUGCAUUACACAGAGCUGUCAUGUUAGGCAGUGAGGACUGUGUAUCUGCUCUGUUGGAGCAUGGAGCCUCUGCUCUGUUUAGAGAUUCUCAGGGACGAACCGCGCUGCACCUCGCUGCCUCCUGUGGUUACACGGAGCUCCUCCACACUUUGCUAAAGGCUGCUGUGGAAGCUGACCCUCUGGACUCUAUGCUGGAUCACAGAGGGUACACACCCACCCACUGGGCUUCCUACCAUGGACAUGAGGGAUGUUUACAAAUUUUACUUGAAAAUAAACUUUUCAGCAACCAAGAAGGAAAUACGUUCACCCCGCUGCACUGUGCUUUAGUUAAUGGACAUGAUGUUGCUGCUAAACUUCUUGUUAAGACUGUUGGCCAACAAAUUGUAAUUGUUGGUGACACCAAAGGAAGGACCCCGCUGCAUGCUGCUGCUUAUUCAGGAAGUGUUGCUGGGCUGCAGCUGGUCCUGGCCCAGGGAGCAGAGGUCAAUGCUGUGGACCACUGUGGAUACUCUGCUCUGAUGGUCGCUGCAGAAUGUGGACAGACCAUGGCUGUUGAGUUCUUGCUGCACAAAGCCAAGCCAGACCUGACCCUUGUGGAUGUCAAUAAUAACACAGCCCUUCACUUAGCCUGUACCAAGGGUCAUGAGAUGUGUGCCCUGUUGCUCUUGGGAGAAAUCAAUGACUCCUCUCUUAUAAACGCAACAAACAGUGCACUUCAAAUGCCCCUUCACAUUGCAGCAAGGAAAGGUCUGGCAACUGUUGUACAAGUGUUGUUAAGCAGAGGAGCAGCGGUCAUGGCUGUAGAUGAGGAAGGUCACACACCGGCUCUGGCCUGUGCCCCAAAUAAAAAUGUGGCAGACUGCUUGGCCUUGAUCCUCUCCACUAUGAAGCCUUUCCCUCCAAGGGAAGCCGGUGGUGGUGCAGCAUCCCACUUUAACCCUAUCUUAAAGAACUGUGCCAUCACAACCUGCUGUGGAGCCAGUGAGAACCUGUGUCAUGCAUAAGUUGAGUUAAGGACCAUAAAGGCACAAUUGGUCUGCACAGGUUUUUGUUAAUGAAAAUGAAUCCCAGUGUAGCCCAAAGUCUCUACACCACAUAAUAUACAAAUCUCUGUAAACGUGUGGUGAUACAUACUUCCACUAUGUGCUAAUGCACCAGUAGCAUCUAUUGCUUCUCUAAAAUGUAGUCUUACCUUAGAUUAUCACAUGAUGCACUAACCACAAAGACUGAAAGGUUUUAAUGAGCACACUAAAUAAGCCUCUUCACCUUAACCUGCUCGCUGAUGUAUGUGUGUUUGUGUGUGUGUGAGCUUGUGCGUGAGUGUGAAACACUUAAGAUAUUUGUAUUAAUAUAUCUAACAGGUGCUGUAAACCUUGUAUGCAAUUAUUAAGAUGCUAUUUUCAUAUUCUGUCCACAGUGUAGAAGAAACUACACUCAUAUAAAUAUCCUUAAUUGAUCAGAAUAUACAUUUAAACCUAGAGGGAAUAGCAGUUAUAGCUAUGUUCAUAGAUUUAAUUUACCAGUAGUUUAGUCUAUUUACAUAUAUAUUAUGUAGAUCUUAAUAUGAAAUCAAAGUUUUACCCAAAUUCUGAAGACUUAACCUCAGGUCAGAGUGUACUGUACUGUAAUGUAGGUGCAAUAAAAUACACAUUCUAAGCUGAAUGUGACAUUACAAGUGUGAAAGAAAGUUUAUUCACUUAAAUAAGCCAGAGAGAAACCAAACAGAAUAAAACUCACAGUGUAAGCUAGUUUGCAGCAACAGUAAUUUUCUGGCUUUUAACCAAGUAGAAAGCUCCCGUGCAGCUAUACAUCCUUUACCCAAAGUGGCCAGAAACUGAACAUUGUUCUCAUGUGUGUCUCAUUUUACUUACAGUAUUUCUUUUAAAAAUAGGAACCAUUGCCACAGCUUUGAUUUAAUUUUUCACUUGUUAAAAUGGGCUAGGUUAAAAAAUAUACUGUUACAGACAGUACCUGACAUUGUCUCACUCUCUUUAUAGAGCAGCUUUUAUUUUUAUUUGUUUGAAUAGAAAUGGAUAUGAAAUUAAUUUUGAUUAAAUCAAAAACUACAUACAAACCGAGCUUUUGACAAAUUCCCUAUUUCUAAUUGAUUCUUUUACCUAGUAAUAGCUGCUGUUGUGCUGUUUCUUGGUAUUACUGUUAACUAUUUGCACUCUGACAUGAACAUAUACAUUUCACAGUAGGAUGUCCUUCUUACAGUUAUGCAUAUAUUUAACCAUUUUUUAAAAUGCAUUUUACAAGUUAACCUUUAAUGUGACGCUAAAAUGAAAUCUUGUGUUUUCAACUAUUAGCAAAAGAGGAUGGUUCCACAUUUCUAAAUGCAAGUUGCAAUUUUCUGAAUAAUGUUCGAUUUUGAGAAUUGUGUUACAACUUUUCCUGUGAACAAACUGUGUGAGAUUUUUGAGGUGUAAGAACUUGAAUAUUGUGGCCUAGUUGUGGAUGAUGUUAAUGUGAGAGGAAAUAAACAAACCACUAUUUUAAAGG